AUUAGUUAAGAAGCCUCAUCCGAAACUUCGAGAAGGAGCAAGCAAAGCAACUCCUUCGUUGCUACCCCCUCGUCCACGUGAUCUCUAUCAACUACAUCACUUGCCAGUUGCAAGAACACCAACGGCUUCCUCUCGAUAACACCAACUAGAAGUGCUAUACAUAGCGUUCAAGGACUACAAGUCGUCAACAUGGGUUCCGUCGUUCUCCCGCAUCUGCGUACGGCCUGGCAUGUCGACCAGGCCAUCCUUUCCGAGGAGGACAGACUUGUGGUCAUCCGUUUCGGUCGUGAUCACGAUGUUGACUGCAUGCGUCAAGACGAAGUCCUUUUCAAGAUCGCCGAACGUGUGAAGAACUUCGCUGUCAUCUACCUCUGCGACAUCGACGAGGUACCCGAGUUCAACACGAUGUACGAACUCUUUGACCCAAUGACCAUCAUGUUCUUCUACCGGAAUAAACACAUGAUGUGUGAUUUUGGCACGGGUAACAACAACAAGUUGAACUGGGUGCUUGAAGACAAGCAAGAGAUGAUCGAUAUCAUUGAAACCAUUUACAAGGGUGCGAAGAAGGGACGUGGUCUGGUUGUUAGUCCGAAGGAUUACUCGACGAGGUACCGCUACUGAUUGUCGUGCUUGUUGUGGGGUUGGUUCUGUUUGAGUUUUGCUAUGACUUAUGAAUGUGUGGGCUUUCUUAGAGGCUCGUUAGGUUAGAAUUAAG